ACUCUCCCUCUCUUUCUCUCUCUCUCCGAAGUAAACUAAAGUAGUACCAUAUUUCAAACUCUGUGUCCCUCCCUUUUGAGCUCUCAUUUUUUUCUCUCUCUACAACUCUCUCUCUCUCUGGUUUUGACACAAAGAUCUGGGUGAGAAGAUUCAGCUGGAGUUUGAUGGCAUUCUGAUUAGGAGGUAAUUACAAGAGGUGAAACAUACUAAGUAAUUUGCCAUGGAUCAAUCAGAACAGACACAAAAACAGCAGCAGCAACAACAGCAGCCUGUGGUGGGAGUUUCCACAGGUGCCAACCAAAUGGCUUAUGCUGCUCCUAACUAUCAAACUGCUGCCAUGGUGGCUUCUGGAACUCCUGCCGUAGGCGUCCAUUCCCCAACCCAGCCCCCCAACACUUUCUCCAAUUCUUCACACCAGCUUGCCUACCAGCAAGCCCAGCAUUUCCACCACCAACAGCAGCAGCAGCAGCAACAGCAACUUCAGAUGUUCUGGGCCAACCAAAUGCAAGAAAUUGAGCAAACAAAUGACUUCAAGAAUCACAGCCUCCCACUUGCUCGUAUUAAGAAAAUAAUGAAAGCUGAUGAGGAUGUCCGAAUGAUUUCAGCAGAGGCUCCAGUCAUAUUUGCGAAGGCAUGUGAAAUGUUCAUCUUGGAACUGACUUUGCGCUCUUGGAUCCAUACAGAAGAGAACAAAAGGAGGACAUUACAAAAGAAUGAUAUUGCAGCUGCCAUUUCCAGGACUGAUGUCUUUGAUUUCUUGGUUGAUAUUAUUCCAAGAGAUGAACUGAAAGAGGAGGGACUUGGGGUCACCAAGGCUACUAUUCCAGUGGUAGGAUCCCCUGCUGAUAUUCCAUAUUACUAUGUCCCACCACAGCAUCCUGUUGGACCUACGGGAAUGAUCAUGGGAAAGCCAGUCGACCAAGCUGCAAUGUAUGUUGCACAACAGCCUCGACCACCUAUGGCUUUCAUGCCAUGGCCACAGACACAAACUCAACAGCAGCAACAAUCCCAGCAGCAGCAAACAGACUCUUGAAGACCAUGUUCAAGGUAAUGUGACAGGUGUUUAGUGGCUUCCUUGUGAUUGGUAGAGAUAAUUUCAGUAGUGUCUUUAAGUGAGUGGUGUAGCAGUAGUGUUAGUUGGUAGCUGUAAUGCUAAACUUAGUGAAUGAUGACAAGCAUGUGAAGUGAUUGUAUUAUGUAUGGGCUUGUAUUUGCUCUAAUUUAAAAAGUUUGUCUCAA